AUGUACCUCCUGUACUGCUUCUAUGCCUGUUUGGCAGGCCUCGUCAGCGCUCAGAUUGGCGGCGCCCACGCCUUGGCCCCUAGCAGCGCGACGGCCCAGCCCGCAACCAUCACCAGUGCCCCGUCCGCAACUGAGAAGCACUCCACCUGCAGCGAGAGCACCUCCAACUGCUACUACUCAUACACCACCUGCUUUGGCAAAUUUGGCUUCUACUCCAACUGUUAUGCACCUUGUGUCACUUCUACUGCAUUUACCUGCGAGACGACCAGUACCAAGGCGACUAUAGCAACUCCGUUUGUGGUGCAAGAUUGA